GACGCAGUCGGCUACGGUUUCAUGACGCCAGUGAUGUCUUUAUGCUGCGUUCAUAGCCCUGUUAUUGUGCUGCUUUGUGUGACCAGUGAGCGAGCUAACUAACUAACUAAACCAACUAACUAACUAGCACCCGUUGCAGUGAUGUAGCUCACAGAGGAAGGACUUGACCCUGCUGCUAACCGUUAGCUCAUGUUACGGUCCUCACUGGACUCGAGGACCUGCUCCUGACCCACUUAACGAACCGCGAGCUUAGCCACAUGCUAGCAUUCGUGUGCUGCUGUGGAACAGACUGAACUCACCGCCCUCGCCGUCUUUCAUGCCGUGGUCGCUGUCCGGAGUGGAACUGCUGCUGUAAAAAUGUGGCAAAGUGUCGGACUCACGCUGCUGGUCAUUGUGGCCACACUCGUCUGUGCGCUGCUCUUCAUGAUGUUUGGUUGGUAUGUAGUCUGGCAGCUGUUCUUGUCCAAAUUCAAGUUCCUGCGUGAACUCGUCGGGGACGCCAGCACCCCACAGGCUGACAGUCAGCCGUCCGAAACCAAGAGCGAACGUCCCACUAACGCCCCGGCUCGCAGUCGCCCCAGGACUGCACGCCAAAGAGUUGCCUCUCCAGAAAGCACCUCAUAGAUCACGCAGAUGAAAACCUGUCUCACCACGACGGCUCGUCAGCUCUCGACAAAGCUGUACAAGAUCAUCGGACCCCUGCACUCUACACUACACAAGGACCUUGUGCACACGUAGUAUUCAAACCUCUGUCUCCUCACCAGGACACUUUAAACUGACCAGGCAGAUCUCCUGGUUAUAAAAAGGGAAAAGCCAUUCAUUAAUGUACAUUUUGUCCAUUUCUUUAUGUCCUGUGUUCAUAUGUUUAAUCAUGUACAGUCGUUUAUACUAAACAGUGAGUCUCGGGCUUCACUCUCCACCUCUGUGGAGUAUAAAGCUGCUCCCACGCGCACACAGACGUGUAUAUUCUCUCACCUUCAUGUUGUAAUGGCGUAUUUUUAGCAGAUAACUGUCGACACUGAGCUUGUCUGCAUCAUUUCAACACGAGCCGCUGAAGACAACUGACAACUCUUACUGUAUAUAAAAGAUGUAACAAAGUGCAAUGAAGGAACGUCCACAGUGCUGCAUCUGUGAGGUAGAAACUGUUGUGCUUAGUAGAAAAUGCCCAAAGACAAAUGACAAGGCUUCAUUCCAGUCGUGUACAAUCUGACCUAAUUCUUGCAACUUCUCCUCCGCUCUGUUUUCAUAGAUUUAUUUUUACUUGAAAAGUCGGGAGAAUGUUUCUUUUAAACGAUAGUCGGUGCUGAUGAAGCAUAGUUCGCAAAGCGACAGCACAACGCUAACCCACUGCAGAAAAUAAAGGUGUGUGUGUUCCCUGUGCCUCCGUCUGUACCAGUGCCUGUCGACAUGGCAUCCACCGUUACUGUUACCUGGCCUCGUGUUGUAUAACCAACAGUAGCUUUGUGCUUAAAUCAAAGCUGAACCAGGGCCCAGUCAAUAUUCCCUCCAGGUACAACUCAUGUAACCAUUGCACCUUUUUAUUAGCAAUGACUUGCUUUUCUUCAGAGGAGCUGUAGCUUCAAAUAAAUAAUGCCAUGAAUAUGA